GCGCGGCGCCCCAGCUCGCCACAACGCCAAGACUCAGGACCAAAAUGCACCUUUCAACUCUAACACAGUGACCUCGGGUUUUGCGCAGUUUUCCCUACAUUCUGCUAUGGAUGUGGGACCUUCGACCUCACGGUGUAACAGUGUAGUGACUAAGCGAUACAGUGCCCUGGAAAUCGAACUGAACUAUUUGAUCGCCAAGUAUUUAUCUGCUGGUCCUUGCAAGAAGGCUUAUAAGGCGCUGAGGGCCGAAAUAGAGGAAAAUGAGCUCCUGCCCCAUAGAUAUGACUGGCUGGGAAACGUGCACCACAACACCUUCGACCAAUGGGAUCAGCAAAAUGAACACAUCAGGAAUGAUCAUUUGCUCCGGAUAGUGGCCCGCUUGGGGCCAACCAUCAACCAGCUGGUAAAAAUUCCUUGUCCUGCCGCGUCCACACUUCUCGGUACUGGAUUACAAUCACUUUUACGUACAGAGUGUGACCUAUGGAAACAGUACAAAACUUUGUUAAGUGUGGCUGUCCGUCAUCAUGGCUGUCUUCCACUGGAACCUGUACAAGUGCGGGGACCUCCAUGCCUCACCCAGGCUAUACUCGGAAGAGAGCUCAUGGGCAACUUCAACCGCAAGCAUGUGGUUACCAACAAAUUCUAUAGUCGUAUGCAAUUGUUUCUGCGUUCCGUUGGACACUUGUCUGCUGUCUACUGCAUGUUGUUCGACCGGUCUGGAAAAUACAUCAUCACUGGUGCAGAUGAUACGCUUGUUAAAAUUUGGAGUAUUCUUGAUGGACGGUUACUGGCCACCUUGAGGGGGGCAUCUGCCGAGAUAUCUGACCUAGCAAUUGACAGUGAAAAUACACUCAUUGCAGCGGGCUCCUGUGAUAAGAUUAUCCGAGUGUGGAAUUUGCAAACUCUUGCACCAAUUGCAGUUUUAAGCAGCCACACGGGGAUGAUUACAGCCUUGCAGUUUUGUCCUGCUCCUGAUAGUGAAGGAGUUCUAGUCUCAACAGGUGGUGAUGGUUGUGUAGCCUUUUGGACCUAUGUUCGCAGAGGUGCAGACGUAAAGUUUGAUUCGAAGCCACUAAAAGUUAAUGAGAGGGUUCGACCUGGUAAUGCCCAACUCAUUUGUGCGUCCUUCAGCCAAGGUGGACAUUUUUUGGCACUUGGAGGGGCCGACCACUUUGUCAGGGUGUAUCAUCUGGGAGGAGAACAUGGGGUUGAGAAGCUGAUAGAAAUGGAACGACACCAGGAUCGUGUGGAUAGCAUUCAGUGGUGCCAUAAUGGUCUCAAGUUUAUUUCUGGUAGUCGAGAUGGCACUGCACUUGUUUGGUAUUAUGAGCGGCAGCAGUGGAAAAGUCUUGUACUUGAUACAAGUAAUUUGCUUCCAGGAAUUAGUCCACCUUCUGAAGAGAUUAAACGGUUGCAAGUAACAAUGGUUGGAUGGAACCAAUCUGACGAAUACGUCAUCACUGCCAGUAAUGACAAGUGGCUUAGAGUUUGGGAUAGUUGCACGGGAGAGCUGAAACACAUCCUCCGAGGUCAUGAGGAUAACUCCUAUGUAAUAGAGGCCCAUCCUCACGAACCCAGACUUGUUCUUACGGCUGCUCAUGAUGGUCAGUUGAUGAUCUGGGACAUUCUAACGGGUGCCUUGGUCUGGAAUUUCAAGAACACCAUUGAAGGCCAAGGGUAUGGUGCACUGUUUGAUGCCAAGUGGUCUCCAGAUGGCUUCACCAUAGCUGCCACAGACUCUCAUGGUCACUUGGCAUUAUUUGGAAUUGGACACAAUGAAAAAUUCCAGCAGAUACCAAAAGAAUUAUUCUUCCAUACUGAUUAUCGGCCCUUAAUGCGUGAUGGUAAUAGCCAUGUUCUAGAUGAGCAAACACAAAUGGCCCCUCAUCUGAUGCCGCCUCCAUUUCUUGUUAACAUGGAUGGGGAUCCUUAUCCACCGGAAUAUCAGCGGCUUGUACCGGGACGAGAGAAGUGUCGACACGAUCAACUCAUACCUAAUGUUCUUUUAAAUGCUAAUGGUGACCAAGAGGUUAUUGAUGUUGCUCUUAUAGAAUUUGAUAAUGCUGAACAUGCUCAAAAUGCACAGCCCAUCGAAAAUAGUGCCGGUCAGAGACCAAGCAUCGAUGACAUGAUUCAAAGACUGGCACAGGAACAAGACCAAAGAAUAGCUCAUGACAGAAGACCAUCAGAAUCAAGAGAACAACCAGGACCGAGUGGAGUUCGAGAGAGACGAGAGAGUAGUAACAGUAGAAGAGGAGAGCGCCGAGCCAGUUCUAGUGGACCGCCCACAGACCACUCUUAUGCUGUUGCUGCUCUGCACGACCCAUUAUCACCUAGAGCUACUGGCCGUGUUGGUGCUCGUCGAGUUGGCGAUGUGGAAGGUGUACGUCAGUCAACUGGUAAUUGGCACAGGGACCCGAAUAUAAAAUGGAACAGGCGUAUCAUUGUUAAACGACGGAACAUAUCUGAUAUUAAGCAGUCUUUAGAUAGACGGAGACGUUUAGGAGAAAUGGAACUCCAGCUUUAUGAUGAAGAAAGUAAGAAGAAACCAGAACCAGUGCGCUCACCAGUUCAGCAGCAUCACGAGUCAGAGAAGAAACUGCGCAAGAAGCAAAAGAAGCAGACUCACUCGUAUUCUACACGUUCAGUGAGAGAGAACGAGAGUGGCCCAUAUGAUCAUCAAGAUUCAGAGGAUGGAGCAAAUGGUAGUGGGUCAAGCAGUUCAGGAAGCUCUUCAGGCUCAGAAGUUGUCAAUGAAGAACUGCAAGAAUCGUCGAGCUCUGAUGAGCAGUCCACAGACUACUCAGACUGGACUGCUGAAGCGGGGGUUAAUUUGGAACCUCCAAAGAGAACUGCUCACAAACAGAAGAAGAGUCCUCGAAAAAGGAAAAAGAAAGGAAAAGGAGGCAGUAAUGAAGAUGAUCAUAAAGCAACGAAAGAUGAUGACGAUGAUGAUGAGGAGGACGACGACGAUGGCGAGAAGAAAAGCAAAGAGAACAAAAGCAGCAUAUGGACUACACCUCGUUCACAAAGAAAGAGAGGACCAAGACCCAACCUUUCAGAAAUUGGUGGUGGUGCAGAUGAAAUCCCAGAGGAGUUCCGUCCACCAGAAUGGUUAACAGAAACCUUUCCCAAGAAAGCUCCGUAUUUUCCACAAAUGGGAGAUGAACUUAUAUAUUUUAUGCAAGGUCACAUGCUCUAUGUGGAAGCUGUUAUGAACAGAAAACUGUAUACUGUGGAUAAACGAAGUUUGCCAUGGACGAGAACUUCGAAUAAACUCCGGCAUCAAGAAUUUGUCAAGAUAAUUGGUAUUAAAUACGAGAUUAAGCCACCACGGUUGUGCUGCCUGAAGCUAGGGAUCUUAGAAGUUGGCAAGGGCAAGCUAACGACAGACUCCUUUACCAUCAAAUACCAUGACAUGCCUGAUGUCCUUGACUUCUUAAUUCUGAAGGCUACAUACGAUGUUGCUGUUAGGAGGCAAUGGAGGCCAGGUGACAGAUUCCGGUGUAUCAUUGAUGAUGCGUGGUGGCUGGGUACAGUAGAGAGCCAGGAGUCCCACUUGCCCGAGUUCCAAGAUUCAAUGUUCAUGUGCUAUCGUGUCCUCUGGGAUAAUGGCGAGCGAGAAAGAUUAAGUCCAUGGGAUAUGGAAAUCAUAGAAGAUAACAUGCAAGUGGUGGAGCCAGGUGGUAGUGUAGCAGUGAAACAAGAGGAACUCGAGGAGCUCCUUUAUACCCCACAAGAUGAAGAAUGGGCUGGACGAGACCCAGAUCUAGAGUGUGACCGAAUUUCACAUGGGCUAUCCCAAGUCAUGAGUCUGGCCAUUGCUGAACCUUUCCUUGUCCCCGUCGAUCUCAAUGUUUACCCAAUGUAUGCUUUAAUCAUUGACUAUCCAAUGGAUCUCACCACUAUUAAGAGUAGACUAGAUAAUCGAUUUUAUCGACGCAUCAAUGCCGCCCAGUUUGAUGUCCGAUAUAUUGCCACAAAUACAGAGAAGUUUAACCAGAAAGGUAGCAACAUUGUCCGGCAGGCCAGGAUUGUUACAGAGCUCUGCCUCGAACUAAUCAAAGAUGGAAUGUGUGUUGACCCGACGCACAUGUAUCAUGAGCUGCAGGCCAAUUUUCACUCGCCCGACCACAGUGAUGACGAAAAUAUGGAAGGAGUAGAGGAAGGCAUGUCAAGAGGCCCUGGCAAAGGAGGCCACAGCAAGGGGCUCCGAGGCCGUAGCCAGGCUCUCUCUGAUAAUCGCACUUGGCAACACAGAUGUAAAGAUCUCCUUCGAAGUAUUUUUGAGAGAGAGGAUUCCAUGCCUUUCAGAUAUCCUGUUGACUUAGAUCGGUAUCCAGACUACAGCCAGGUUAUUGAUGUACCCAUGGACUUGACGACAGUACGAGAGGAACUGUCUGCAAAUGGAUAUGCUGCACCCCAUGAUUUCGCAAAGGAUAUGAGGCUAAUAUUCACUAAUUCUAAAAAUUAUAACACAAAUAAAAGAUCCCGGAUAUACUCAAUGACACUUCGUUUGGAGGCUUAUUUUGAAGACCAGAUAAAGUCCAUUUUAUCCUGUCACAAAUUGCAAGGUAAGCGUAGUCCAUCUAAAGCUAAUCCUCGCGGCAACAAAGGAAAAUUAGUUUCUUCUUGUAAUAAAAUGCCAAGUGGAAAAUAUUCUGCAUCUCAGACUGGGCCAAGCUCUAGCAGAGUAUCUCCAGCUCUUUCUACAGGAGGCAGUGGAGUCCUUCAGAAGAGACCUCCUCCAGCCACCUCACGCACUUCCACAGCAGCUGUGAUAAGGAGAGGAACUCUCAGCAGGACUAGCAGCCCUCGCACAAAACAUGUGCCCUCUAAAGCCAGCAGUGAGCUAAGGAAAAAUACAUCAUUAACAUCCUUUGGGCGACCGGUUGUAGCCCCACAUCAGGCACAUUACUCUGUAUCUGCUACUUAUGAAGAUAUUACGAAUCUAGAUGGUGAUAGUUCUGAUGAUGAUAGAGAUAUGAACUUCAGACAGGCAUCUGGUAAGGACACUGGGAGACGAUCUAGAAGGGUUGCUCGCAAGAAAGGUGUUUGUGGUGAAGAGGAGGAUGAUGACUCGGGUGAAGAAUAUAAUCCCAGAAAUAAACCUAAGACUGUGCCAAAGGCCAAGAAAAAAGGUGUAGCAACAAGAAACAGGGGCCGAGUUACAGUGCAGUACAAUGAAGAAAGUGAAGAUGAAGAGUUGACUUCAAAAGUUAAAAUUGCAAAUAUGGUAAAAUUAAAAAAGAAAAAUGUGGUAACCAGUGGAAGUGAUAGUGGGAGUGACAGCAGCAGUGUAAAUACUGCAGGACCGAGUGUUAAGAGAACUAAUGGUCAAUUGUAUGGUAUUAAAAGUAGACUCAAGAGCUCCAGUGAGGAUGAAUUAGAUGAGAAAUCUAGAAAGAAAUCUAAUGGUGUGAAUGGUUUAGCACAGAAGAAAAUGGGUGCUAUGGCAAAAAGAAAAAAUAUUGGCAAAGCGAAAAAGCUAAAUUUAAGUGAUGAAAGUGACAAAAGCAGUGAUUCUAACAGUGCAUCUGAUGGUGACAGUGAUCAACAAAAAUCAAUUAAAAAACCAAAUAGGGGUAAAAGAAAACGAUCCUCUAGUGAUAGUGGUAGUGGCAGUAGUAGUGAUUCGAGUAAAAAUAAAAAAAUAGUCGCCAAACGUGUAGGUCGGCCACCAAAUACACCAAACAGCAAAGCAGGUUACGGCAAACGAACCAAAGAUGAGAGUGAGGUGGAAUUUGAUGACGAGGACCUAGAAUCGAGCAGCGAGGAGAGUAUGGAGGAAGAGGCAACUACUAAAAGGGGUCGGAAAAGAGGUGUAGCGUCAGGUGUAAGGCGAGCAAGGAAGAUUAUUCUUGAUGGCGAUGAUGAGGAUGACACUGAUUUUAUAGCUGAUAAGGACUUCAUUGAUGAUGCAGAUCUUUCAGAAGAGGAAUCAAGUUCUGAAUCUGAAAGUGAUGAAGGAAGUGAUGAUGAUAAGAAGCCAAAGAAGAAGAAAAAGAAGAAAAAGAAAAAACAACUGAAACCUAAACCUAAAACUGGGAAAAAGAGAAAAACUGUUAAAAGUAAAGCUAAAACCACAAAGAAGAAAAAGGUCACCCAAAAGAAAAAGACGCCAGUGAAGAAGGGAAUGGCCGUAACCAAGAAACAAACCCCAGUGAAGCGCAAAGCAACCACAGUGGCCAAGAAGCAAAGUCCAGUUAAGCAAAGUGCAGUGAAGCACAGCCCAGUGAAGCACAGCCCAGUGAAGCACAAAGUGCAGGAGAUCAUUACAGUCAACAGGCCUGGCCAAGCACCCAUACCUUAUCAACCAAUACAUUUUACAUCCAAAAACGUUAUUGUAAAUGAGGUAAAACACAAAGGACGGGUUGUUGGGAGAGUGAUCACUUCAAAUUAUGAUGAUGAUGAUGAUGAUAGUGAAGAUGUAUCUGAUUCAGAUGAGGAAAGUGACGAGUAUGAAGUGCCGCCUCUGACGCUUAGUAAAGGCAAAGGUACAGCUAUUAAAAAUUUAACUAACUUAAAGCGCACAAUUAACAGUGAUUCAGAUUCUGAAAACACAUCCCAGAAAAUCUUUCAGAAAAGAAUGAGGUACAGUGAUGAAGAUGAGGGAGGAGAGGAGGAUGAUGAUGAUGAUGAUGAUGAUGAUGAUGAUGAUGAUGAUGAUGAUGAUGAAGAGGAAGACAAUGAUGUUGACAUCAGCAGUCGGGGUAGAGUGAGAAAAGCAAAUACCCUAAUGAGAGACUUCAUAUAGUAUUAGGAGAUAUGUAGUCUUCAUGUAUUAUUUGCAAGCCAGAAAUGUUACAAAUUUCUUCUGAUUAUUCACUUUCUCCUCGGGAUGUGUGUUGAAGUGUUUGAUGAAGAGCUGCUGUUGCAGGAUCAUAUGUUUCAAUUAUGGUGUGGGUGUCAUUGUUUAGCUAUAAUGACAUAACUGCCAAAUAUUUUGAGGAGUUUCUGGAUAUCCAGGUAUUAAACUGUGAUAUAAGAUAGAACAUUUUUUCUAAAGUUUGUGAUUUUUGCGUGUACAGUAUAAUUAUAUAUAUAUAUAUAUAUAUAUAUAUAUAUAUAUAUAUAU